CUUUGCUACCAGACCCAUUGCUAAUGCUGAUUAAGUGAUGACAUAAGCACUGCUGCCCCUGCUCCUUUGCCGCCGCCGCCGCUGCCUCCUCCUCGUCGUUGUCGUCGUCGGAUUGUCGUCUUAGAAACCACCUCUGCUCCUCUUCCCCAGCUCCGUACACUGCAAUGAACGCCCAGCGCGUGCUCAACAACCCGAACAUCAAGGGCCUCAAAGAUGCUGUCCAGAACAUCUCGCUCUACGACGUCAAGGCCUACGUCCGCAAGGCCCAGAACGUCAUGAUGAACUUCUCGCCUAUGGAGGCGAAGGUCCGUGAAGCUACAAACAACGAGCCCUGGGGUGCCAGCGGUUCCCUCAUGCAGGAAAUCGCUGAUGGUACUUUCAACUACGCGAGCUUCAACGAAAUCAUGCCAAUGAUCUACAAGCGCUUCACUGAAAAAACCGCAUCCGAAUGGCGCCAGAUCUACAAAGCGCUGCAGCUGCUCGAGUUCCUCGUCAAACACGGCUCGGAGCGCGUAAUCGACGACGCCCGCGCCCACCUCGCGACGAUCAGCAUGCUGCGCUCGUUCCACUACACAGACUCCAACGGCAAAGACCAGGGCAUCAACGUGCGCAACCGCUCGAAGGAGUUAGUUGCUCUUCUCGGCGACGACGAGCGGAUCCGCACCGAGCGCAAGAAAUCACGCGCCGCUAAGGACAAGUACGUCGGCGUUUCCUCGUUCGAGUCUGGUCUCGGCGGCGGGAGCAGCAGCAGCAACAGCGGCGGAUUCGGCGGCACGGGUAAGAAGUAUGGCGGGUUUGGAAGUGAGUCGGCAGAGUAUGGCGGGUACAGCGGUGGAGUGUACGGUGAUGGCGGUGGGUUUGGCGGGGAGAGCAGCAGCCGGGCGUAUGCCGCGCCUUCGCGCAAGUCCGGGCAGUUUGAGGAGUACGAUGCUGGUGGUGAGGAUGAUGCUACUACGACUGCAUAUGCUGCGAUUUCGCCUCCUACGGGUCAGCAGCCGGCAAAGGCCAAGGCUCCUGCGGUUGAUUUGUUUUCUUUUGAUGAUGACGAUAAUGGGAAUAGUGUUUUGGCGGCUACUCCUCCUGCGUCGCCAGCCCCUGCUGCUGCUGCUUUUGCUGCUCCCGCUGCUGCUGCUGCUUCAUCGUCUGCGUUUGAUGAAGACUUUGAUGAUUUCCAGUCGGCGACUCCGACGCCUACUUCACCCAAGCCCCAGGCAUCAGCGGCGGCUAGCAUCACCGGUUUGUACAAUCAACCUAUGCAGCAGCCGACGAUGACGAUGCCUUCUUACGCGCAGCCGAGCUACGUGCAGCAGCCGCAGCAGUAUAGCCAAUUUGGUCAGUUUGCUGCUGCGACGGCUGCUGCGCCUACUACACCUACUCUUGCGACUACGACCAACAUAAGCGCUACGUACCAGACCGCGACUGGACCAAACUACAACAUCAGCGGCUUCUCGAGCGGCACGUCAUCAUUCACGCCCGCGUCGAGCGCAGGCAAUGGCGCUGCAGCAGCAGCAAAGAAGAAAGACGACGUGUUUGGCUCGCUGUGGUCGACUGCCGCGUCGGGAGUGACGAAGAAGUCUGGCGCGAAUUCGUCCGCGUCGUCGAAUGUGAGCAUGGCGAAACUCGCGCAACAGACGGCGACGGCGGGGAUCUGGGACCAGGCGAGGAGCAAUAGCUCGACGUCGACGGUGCCGACGCUGGCGAGCAAUGUCAAUAAUAAUAACAACAACUCUGCGUCUGGGUCUGGGUCUGGGUCUGGUUCUGCGGCGGAUGAUUUACUGUUGUUGUAGAUGCAGAGGAAUGUUAUUGUGUAUAGAAAUGGUGUAAUGGGAAUUCUGAUUUGUGUAAUUUUCUUUUGUUUAUGAAUGACAUUUGUUUUCAUUUAAAGUACUGUUAUUAGAUAUUAUUACUAGGAGGUAGAGAC